AUGAUCGUGAUCGACGCGUGCAUCGAACUGCCGUGCUUCCAGUCUGCAUCGUCUGAACCGCACGAGGCUCCAGUCCGUCCUAUUGCCGGCCAUCGCUCUCAACCACCUGCAGCAUCCAAGCACAACUGCCUGACCGACGGCCUUCAACAAAACCAUCUGUUUGAGGACCGUAUUUCGUUCAUCUGUCUGAUUUUAUGUGAUAACCGCCCCAUAAUAGGCACGUCCAACCGGAAUAUCGAUAAGAGGUCCGCCUAUCAGGUGCCCUCACUCCAAUCCCUCUACCACAGCACAGCCGCAGAGCAAUCAUCCGCAGCUGUCAACACCAAAUGUCCCGAACCGGGCUAUCCAACGGAUUUCCAUAUAAUUCGCGUCACGACCAAAGCCGUAGCAGAGUCUCGUCCCGUGCGCCUUUGCUUCAAUUCGUCGACGCCAAUUUCGAACAAACUGCCACCAGACCCUUUCCCAGACUGCCUCGACACCCAAUUCGUUCCCCGCUUACCUCUAGCCAUGCCAGAAAUAACCUUCCAAGACGAAAAGAACACCAUCUCUACAACCACUUCCACUUCCUUUGGAUUCCUAAAAGACGUCACGGGUGUUUCGUCACCGGCCUCUGUGUACCAGGUCUCAAUCACCGAAGAACUCGGCGGCGGCGGCACCAAACACGCCAGCAACUACGGUUCAACGCCCGAUCAUGUCUUCAGCGACCCUGCCAUUGCUGCGUACUGGGCGGACGUCUACGAGCGCGCCGGGUACGAGAACCGGCACCGAUUUGACCCGUCGUUUGAAUGGGGCGCGUCGGAGGAGCGCAAGCUUGUGCGCAAGAUGGACUUGCGGAUCGUGUUUUGGGCUUGGAUCAUGUUUUGCAGCUUGGACUUGCAUCGGAAGAAUAUCAACCGGGCUAUUAGCGAUGAUAUGUUGCCGGAGCUAGGAAUGAACACAAACGACUUCAACUAUGGUCAAACCAUCUUCCUUGCUGCCUUCCUGCUCGCUGAACUUCCCUCUGGCCUCGUAGCCAAGAAGCUCGGCGCUGAUCGCUUCGUUCCCAUGCAAAUCGUGUCUUGGUCCAUCCUGUCGGGCGCUCAAGUCUGGAUCACGAAAAGAGCGCACUUCUACGUCAUCAAGGCGCUUAUGGGCGUUGCCAUGGGUGGCUUCAUUCCCGAAAUUGUUCUGUGGUUGACGUACUUUUACAAGUCCAACGAAUUGCCUCUCCGCUUGGCGUUCUUCUGGACUGCUUUGUCGACCGUCAACAUUGCCGGUUCCCUCAUGGCCGCUGGGAUUUUGCAGAUGCGGGGAAUCCGAGGCUGGAGUGGCUGGCAGUGGCUGUUCCUGAUCGAGGCCCUGAUGUCUCUGGUCGUCGGCAUCUUCGCAUUCGUCCUGAUGCCCCCGGGUCCUUGCCAGACCAAAUCCUGGUUCCGCGGAAAGGACGGCUGGUUCUCCGAGCGCGAGGAAUUCAUCUUGGUCAACCGCCUGCUGCGCGAUGAUCCCUCCAAGGGCGACAUGAACAACCGCGAGGGUGUCUCGGCCAAGGGUCUGCUCAAGGCCAUCAAGGAGUGGGAGAUGUGGCCGCUCUACAUCGUCGGCGUGUGCGCUUACAUCCCUCCUGGUCCGCCAGGCGAGUACCUGAGUCUGAUCCUCCGCACCCACGGCUUCAGCGUCUUUCAAGCCAACCUGCUCACCAUCCCCGCUUACUUCCUCUUCGCCUGCAACUUGGUCAUCCUUUCGUAUUUCUCCAGGCGGUUCAAGGAGCGUGGCUUUAUCGCCUCCCUUUCGCAGUGGUGGAUGCUUUCCUUCUUCGCUGCUAUCGUCGCCCUGCCCGACGCCGGCGUCUGGGUCCGCUAUGCUCUUCUAAUCGGUAUCUUGUCGUACCCGUACUGCCACGCCAUCCUGGUCGCUUGGACUGCUGAGAACAGCAACAGCGUGCAGACGAGAGCGGUUUCGACGGCGCUGUACAUUAUGUUUGUGCAGGAUGGCAAUAUUAUCUACGAUAAUAUCUACCGCGAGGACGACAAGCCGCUGUACAAGAGGGGGAAUAAGGUAUUGCUGGCCAUGGUCUGCUUGAAUAUCGUGCUGUUUUAUCUGACCAAGGCGUUUUAUGUGUGGAGAAAUAAGGCGAAGGAGGAGAAGUGGAAGGCCAUGACUUCGGAGGAGCAGCGGGACUAUGUGUUGACUACCCUGGAUGAGGGGCCGAAGAGGCUGGAUUUUAGGUUUGCACACUGA